AUGGCGUUUCCCGACCUACAUAUCGUCGAGCCCAAAGGCGCCCAUAUGCACACUAUCAUUCUGCUCCAUGGACGUUCUAGUGACGGCCCUGAAUUUGCCGAAGAACUUCUUGAUUCGAAAACGUCCGAGAAGAAGACGCUUACGGCGCGGUUCCCAAAUUGCCGCUGGGUAUUCCCUACCUCUCGAGACCGAUGGAGUUCAGUUUUCCAGGAGGACUUAACUGCUUGGUUUGAUAUAUAUUCUCUGUCGAACACUUCCGAGAAACAAGAUCUCCAAAUUGAUGGCUUGAGAGAAACAAUGUUAUAUAUUCUAGAGGUUAUGUGUCAAGAGAUUGAUCUUCUUGGAGGAAGGCCCGAAAAAGUUGUACUUGGUGGAAUAAGCCUGGGCAUGGCGGCAGCUUUAUGGGUACUCCUAUGCUCACCAGGAAGAUUCAAAGGGAGAAUCGGCGGCUUCAUCGGGAUGUGUGGAUGGCUUCCAUUCGCGAAUGAGAUCCAAGACUUACAGCACCCAAGGGAGAUGAUACCAAAGUUCCUUUUGGAUACCGUCCGAUGCGAAGAACAGGUGCAAACCAGCACAAUAGAUACUGAAACCAUGCUAUCUACGCCAGUAUUUCUACUGCAUGGAUCUGAUGAUACCUGGGUUGAUGUUGAACUGGGUCGUGCGGCGCAUAGGGGCCUCUUGAAGCUGGGGAUGAAGCCUGAGUGGAAGGAGUAUGUGGGUGCAGAAAAUAACGGACACUGGAUAAAGGAACCGGAGGGGUUUGAUGCUAUUGUUCAGUUCUUGGAGGCUGUCUGGGCAUCAUAG